AUGCAGUUAAUCGCAGUUCGGUGCAUGGUAGUGCCGGACAUCGUUUGUGUGACACGGUAUGCACUUGCGCGUUACUUCCUGGCACAAGCUGUGUGUUGUUGCGUUGACAAUGAUCUGGAAACUGGUGGAUGGAGGGGGUUGGAGGGGGUUGGAAGUGCUCCUGCACAGGCAGCACCAGUGUCUUUGAUGAAGCACGGUGUGCAAUCCAUCCGCACGGGAGAAUGGCGUGGCUCCGACAUCACUACGGGAAGAAUGCGGCGCAGGGCUUUUUGUGCGGCGCCCUUGCGUGAAUCAGUGCUCUCUGCAUGCUGA